UGGAAGAGGAGAGAGACAGAACGUUCGAAAUCGGGAAUUUAAAGCCUAUUGAGUGCUAUUUUCUCUCUUCUAUUCUUGAUCAAACAAGCUUCAUUUUAGGAAUUGGUAACUGUAAUAGUACCAGGAUGAAUCGGGUCAAGCUGGGUUGGCAUUGUUUAUCCAAGAUUAUGAGCUUACGUGGGUGUGGGGUUAAAGAUGUUCCCGGAAGUGCUGUAGGGAAGUCGAAGCCUUAUGGAUUAUUAAGAAUGGGUUUACAUGGGUUGGAACAGAACGCCAUUAUUGUAACUCGACGAUUUGGGAGCAACAUUAGGAAUGGAAAUGAUGUUGAUCAUCACUUGUCUAGGGAUUUCUUGUCGAAGGUCUGGGUUGCUGAUAGGAAAGUGGAAAAAUCCCGGCGAAAGAAGAGAAGUAAAAUGAUUGAAUAUACAAGUGAUGGUGAUCAAUCGGUUCUUCAAGAUCCCCGGUGGUUUUCUCGUUCAUCUGUUGAAGAAGAUAAUAGUAUGGCAAAGGGUAAACGCGUCUUGAAGCAACCUCCUCUCAGUCAAUCUAUCCUAGAUUUCUUGGAUCCAGAGGGUCCAGAAGAGGCCAAGGUAGCACCUCUGCUUGCUAGAUCCAACCUGCUUAUCACCAGAGAUAUUGAGUGGGCAAACCUUGCAUUUGGCUUUGAACAGGAAAAUCGGUAUGCAAUUGUUGAUGUGUGCUAUCCUCAAUCACCUGUCGGUUUUAUUCGAGAACAAAGCAAUGUCAUUGCAAGACAGUUUCUUCGUACAAGGAGACCUUUUGUUGCCUACAUAAUUGAUGCUAUGGGGAAUGAGCUCUUUAAGGUUCGUAGACCCUUUUGGUGGAUAACAAGCUCAAUUUAUGCGGAAAUUAAUGGUAAGGAAAUUGGUGUAGUUCAUAGGCGUUGGCAUCUUUGGAGGAGAGUCUAUGAUUUGUACCUUGGGAGUAAACAAUUUGCUGUGGUUGAGAAUCCUGGCUUUUGGAAUUGGACAUUUACCUUGAAAGAUAUUAAUGGUGAAGUGCUAGCUAAUAUUGAUCGUGAUUGGAGGGGCUUUGGCUUUGAGAUUUUUACUGAUGCUGGUCAGUAUGUGAUCCAGUUUGGGACUUCUGAUCCCAGCUCCAAGAUUGGGCCUGCUAGGACGAUCCAGGACUUGGAAGUCGUUCGCCCAUUGACCCUGUCAGAGAGAGCUGUAGCUCUUGCUCUUGCUAUAUCAUUGGAUAAUGACUAUUUCUCAAGGCGUCGAGGCUGGGCACUACCUUUUAUUGCAGUUGAAGAAAUUUGACUUGCAGAAUGUCUCAUUUACCAGAAGAAUAACCAGGUAGCAUUUGUAAUUAUUUUGAAGGUGUUCUGACUUUUGAGGUGAACCUCGGGUUCAUUUCGCUCAAGUACUUUGGAUUAUUACUGUAAUCCAAUGAAAUUGGUAAUGCUACUUGUUUCUUGCUGUUUCUGGAGCAAAAGGCAUUGAGAUAGUCAUACAUGAUUUUUUUUUUUUUUUUAAAUACCAGAUAGUGAUACAUGUUUUACGUACAUGGGUAGUCAAUUAUGUGUAUAAAUUGACAUAACUUGCCAACAAAGGUUGCUCUAGUUGGUAAGGAGUUGCCUUGUAACUCACAAAGUUAUAGCUCAAAUCCCGCCGUUGAUAUAAAAGUCUUGUUGGUGGAUGCUCUGUAAGUUUGUAAGCGCUUUUUAAGCUUGCGGACAUGUCCUUGCCUUAGUGAGCCAUGGGACUGAAUUCGCCUAAUUGUUUUUUGUAUUAAAAAAUUGACAUAAUUUCUAUGGAAAGAAUUGAGUCAUUUUGGAUAUUUUUUAUGGAUUAAAUGGUUAUAGUAUUUUUACAUGUAUUUCACUUGCUUCUCUUGUAACAGGGUUCUCAUAACCACUAUUCUCUAGUUAUCUCCAAUAAUACUUAAUGCAUUUUUUU